AUGCCUCAGCUGGACACUGAGAUUCUCUACAUGAUGGAGCUGCUGGACCCCUCACUGCUGCAUGGAGAGGGUAGGUCUACCAUCACAUAAUGACACUGGAUUCAAUACCACAGUAUACAGUUUACCUGGACUGAUCAUAGAAGAGAGGAGGUCUACCUGAUCUAUCUCUACCUUUAUCUAUCAGAAUGAGUCAAGCUCAUGUUGUGUCAUGCUGUAAAGAGACCCAGUGAACAUGCCGUCUUGCAAGGUUUUGGGGUGACAGAUCUCACCUUCACACAAGUACAGAAGGCAGUGUCUGGACUGACAAUAGGUCUGCCUGAACCAAUCAUAGUCCAACAUCAGGAACUUGGGUCAGGACAACACAAUCUGGUUAGUUUUCUAUCAAGUCCUCCUGUGUGUCCGUAUCACAAACCAAAGUAAAAACACAGCCCUAACUCACUCUAACUCACAGUAAUAUUAGAUCUAGACAGGUCUAUAAUAAAUUACAUCUAGAAUCUUGGUACACUCUACCUAACAUCAUUGUUUUCUGCAAUAAACAGACAUUUUAUCUUGAAAUCAAGUUCAUAACCAUGAAUAUGUGUUAGUUGAAGUCAUGCAGGGCAACUACAGGUCAAGUUUAAGCCCAGACUGGAAGGCAGGCUUGGUAGGAAACAAGUUUGUUCCACAGGAAGACGAUGUGACUUAAAUGGAUUGGAAUGUUCAUAAGGUGUGGGUGGGUUCCCUUGGAAAAGGUAUUGUCCCGCUAGUGAGGGGCUUCCUGAUGAUUAUCUUGCCAGGGCACUUCCUCUAAUCUAGGGUAUGUGUUUGUGUCCUGUUUUCAGUCCCACACAGACUGUAGGAGUGCAAUGCAAUAUACUCACUUAUACACCAGAAUGUAUUCUUCACCAACACACAAACCAUAUGCAUCAUUUUCCACUUCGUAUGGCCUCGUUGAACCAUUAACACGUCCACAGUCAAACCACAGCAUGCCCAUAUUAACAUGUAUAAUAUUUAUCUUCCUGGUUCUCCUUCCUUCCCUGCCUGCUCUCUCCUUCUCCCCAUCCCUCCCUCUCCCAGGUGGCUACUACCUGACCAGUGCGUACGGGGCCAUGGCUCUUAUCAAGAACUUCCAGGAGGAACAGGCAGCCAGGGUCCUCAGCUCCGAGGCCAGAGACACCCUGCACCAGUGGCACCGCCGACGCACCGCCCAGCGCAUGGCACCCUCCGUGGAUGACUUCCAGGUAUCGCCCUGACCCCCAUCUGACCCCCAGGCAGUGAGUUUGAAAGAACACCCCCCUAAAACGCCUCCCACGAGACCGGGGGACUGGAUCUGCAUGGCUCCAGUGUGAAGUUUCCCUUAAGUACAGAUCUAGGAUCAGCUUUCUUUCCCCCAAUCCUAACCUUAACCAUUAGUUGGGGGAAAUGCAAAACUGACCCAAGAUCAGCAUCAAGGGGCAACUUCACUCUACACCAAUCUGCAUGAGAAGCACCGGUGCUGACAUGCCGAGACUAUCCUUCUAUAUCCGGAUCUGUAUUAAAAAAUGAUCUUGAGCUAUGAAUACACUUUUGGAAGAAAAAGAUGUGGUUUAUUUUCGGGUUAGGGGUAAUCUAGGAGGGAGUGAUAUUGAGAAGGAAGCUGAUAGGUAGAUGAGAUAGGACUAUUCUAAUGCAUGUGAUUGUGCACUAAUGAAGCAUUGUCUUGGUUUUCUCUGUUAGCCCUGAAAUGGCUGUAUCCUCCUGUAAAUGCCAUAAUAAGGAUAGAGGCUAUAGAGCCGUAUCAGAGCUACUUCACCUUUCUCCCUGUGUGUCUUCACAGAACCCAAACUUCAUUCCUGUGUAUUUGUGUCUUAGUUCUGUUCCUGCAUGUGCACCUGCAUAUAACUGAUAUCCGUGUCACGUUCUCUCUCUCUCUUUGUGUCAUUUUCUCGGUGUACUUCUGUCUCCAUCUAUGUGUUUUUGCAUGUGUAUGUUUUGUAUCUGUUUUGUAUGUUUGCAUAUAUGUAUUUUUGUAUCAAUGAUACCUGUAUCACGUUCCUUGUACCUCUUCUCCUUCAGAACUACCUGCGAGUCGCCUUACAAGAAGUCAACAGCGGCUGCACAGCCAAAACCCUCCUAGUCCACCCGUACUCCACCACUGAAGAAGUAUGCUCGCUCUGCGCCUACAAGUUCAAAGUUCAUGACCCCGAGAACCACGACCUCUUUCUCAUCACUGAGGCAACCAGUCAGCAGCUUGCCCCAGACACACACCCCCAGCGAAUCAAAGCGGAGAUACACAGCCGCCCGAACUCGCCGCCCUUCCAUUUUGUCUACCGCAGAGUGCCCAACCUUAACCUGUGUAUACCAACUAUCCCAGCUAACCAGCACAGUGGCAACUGCCUACUGCCUAGCCAACUGGAUGAAUGA